CUUGCCCAGAAGUACGACCCACAGAAGGAGGCUGAGCUGCGGACGUGGAUCGAGAGCGUCACAGGGCAGCAGAUCGGGCCCGAUUUCCAGAAGGGGCUGAAGGACGGGGUGAUUCUCUGCGAGUGAGUCCUUCCGAAUGCAGUGAGGAAGAUCAGCCGCUCGGCUCAGAACUGGCACCAGCUCGAGAACCUCUCCAACUUCAUCAAGGCCAUGGCCAGCUACGGCAUGAACCCUGUGGACCUCUUUGAAGCCAACGACCUCUUUGAGAGUGGGAACCUGACGCAGGUUCAGGUGUCGCUGCUGGCACUGGCGGGCAUGGCCAAGACGAAAGGGAUACAGAGUGGGGUGGACAUCGGCGUGAAGUACUCGGAGAAGCAGCAGAGGAACUUUGAUGAGGCCAAGAUGAAGGCUGGGCAGUGCGUGAUCGGGCUGCAG